AAUAGAAUUAAGAAAAUUAACAAGUUUAUAAAUGGACCAAAAGGAUAUCCAAUUAUUGGUAAUUUGUUUGAUUUAAAAAAGAAUGGGUUGGAAAUUCAUGAAACAUUUCAUGAGUUGUAUUUAAAAUAUGGGCCAAUAUUCAGAAUUAGAUUUGGGUCAAUAGAAACAGUUAUAUUGUCGGAAUAUUCAACAAUCAAAGAGUGUUUUAUUGACAAUGGAGAAUCACUAACUGAGAGAUAUAUUAGAAAAAGUAGAUUAAGGGCGUCCAAGGGUUUAAAUAUUGGUAAUGCUAAUGGCGAGUAUUGGAAGUUUCUAUAUUCAACUAUAUCACCAGAGUUAACAGCAACCAAGUUAAAAAAGGUUAUUGAGGGCCAUAUCAAAUGUGAAAUUAAAGAGUAUUGCAAGUUUAUGGAUAGUUGUUGCGAAAAUGAAAAACCGUUCCACUUUAAUCUUUAUGCAAGGGUUUUUACUCUAAAUUGUGUUCUAAGGUCAUUGUUUAACAUCAAUUAUCCAUAUGUUUACAUUGACCCAAAGAUUGACAUUGGAACAAAUCUCGGUGACUAUGUUCAAAAUGGUGGGAAGGUUGUUUGGGGUGACUUUGUUCCAUUUUUAUAUUUUUUCUUAAAAAAUAAACCACAAUCAUUCUAUUCAAGUUAUGAAAAUUUAAAGCAACACGUUUCAAAGUUUGUAGAUAGGGCAAUGGAGAAAAUCAAAGAUGAAGAUUUUGAUACUUACAAGCCAGAAAGCAUUGCAGAGUCUCUUUUGAUACAAUAUAAGAAGGGUAAUAUUGUUUAUGACGCAGUGGUUACAAAUUCAAUGGAUCUCUUAUUGGGUGGUAUUGAUACCAGUGCAAAUACACUCUGUUUCUCAACAAUUGCAGUUUUAAAUAAUAAUCUUCAAGAUAAGCUUUAUAAUAGUAUUUCAAAUGGCCUUCAUGGUGAUACACAGGAUGAUGAUGCAAAUAAUAACACCAAGAUAUUUUUAUACAGUAAAUAUAAAACAAAAUUCAAUUAUGUGACGUUGGUAUUAAGAGAAACUUUUAGAAGAUAUGCACCAGUACCUCUAGGUUUACAACAUAGACUUACAAAUGAUAUUGAAAUCAAUGGUUAUAAAAUUGCAAAGGGCACACAAUUCUUUCAAAAUGUUUAUAGCUCCCAUAUGACAGCCAGCACAUGGGCUGAACCAAAACAAUUUAUUCCAGAAAGAUUUGAAAAUAAUAAUUUACAUCAACAGUUGUGUCAUUAUGGUAUUGGACUAAGAAAAUGUAUUGGAUUUAUUAUGGCAGAUUCAGAAUUGUUUAGUUUUUUAUCAACAGUUUUCUACCGUUAUCAAUUUAUAAACCCAUCAAGUGAUAAGCUAAAUGAUAGGGGUGGUUUUUCAUUAGCAUUACAAGCACCAAAGACAAUUUUAAAAGUCAAGAAAAGAUUAAAUAAAUAA